CAGAAUCGUUUCUCUUGCUGAAGAACUGGCACGCUCUCAGUCCUUCGUGUGUGUAUCGAAGGAACUUGGUAUCGAUGUAAACUUGGGUGUUGAGAAAAAGUUAAGUUCUUUUCGUGCCCAAAAAUAUGCCAAAUAAGAAAAAAGAAAAGGGAGCUGAGGACACAGGCAAGCCCAAAGUUGGUAAUGGGAAGUCAUCCACCAAAGAAGGAUCAUCAACAGAAAAUGGGGAAGAGAGUGGGAGGACUAGCCCUGGAAGUUCACCCUCGUCUGGACCGAAGUUGGCGACUGGACCACCACCACCUGCGCAAAUCAACAAGAUUAAGUUCACGGGUACGACCGUGGUAAAAAAUCGACGACAAAGUUCUUCGCGAUUCAACAUUACAAAAAACCGCGAGAUCCAAAAGUUGCCUUUACUCAAAGAUGCGGCGCCAGCAGACAAGGAAGAGUUGUUCGUGCAAAAAAUUCAGCAGUGUUGUGUGUUGUUCGAUUUCGUAGCAGAUCCACUCAGCGAUCUUAAGUGGAAAGAGGUCAAGCGUGGGGCAUUAUUAGAGAUGGUUGAAUACGUCACUUCACAGAGGGGUGUUAUUACUGAAGCAAUCUACCCCGAAGCUGUGAACAUGUUCGCCACCAAUUUAUUUCGGGCCCUGCCGCCUUCAAGCAAUCCUAACGGGGCCGAGUUUGACCCAGAGGAGGAUGAACCCACACUUGAAGCUGCUUGGCCUCACCUUCAACUUGUCUACGAAUUUUUUUUGAGGUUUUUAGAAUCACCCGACUUUCAACCGAAUAUAGCCAAGCGGUGCAUCGACCAAAAAUUCGUUCUACAGCUAUUGGACCUGUUUGAUUCAGAGGAUCCCCGCGAACGGGAUUUUCUCAAAACUACACUGCAUCGGAUAUAUGGAAAAUUUCUCGGUCUUCGCGCUUACAUUCGGAAGCAAAUUAACAACAUAUUCUAUAAGUUUAUUUACGAAACAGAGCAUCACAAUGGAGUGGCAGAAUUGUUAGAAAUCUUAGGAAGCAUUAUUAAUGGUUUCGCACUUCCUUUAAAGGAGGAACACAAGGUCUUCCUUCUCAAAGUGCUCAUGCCGUUGCACAAGGUCAAGUCGCUGUCCGUUUAUCAUCCACAACUAGCCUAUUGCGUCGUCCAGUUUCUGGAGAAAGACCCAUCACUGACGGAACCUGUUGUCCUCAGCCUAUUGAAGUUUUGGCCUAAAGUCCAUUCGCCUAAAGAGGUUAUGUUCUUGAAUGAGCUGGAAGAAAUUCUGGAUGUUAUGGAGCCAGCAGAAUUUUCGAAGGUCAUGGUACCCUUGUUUCGACAGUUGUCACGCUGCGUUUCUAGCCCGCAUUUCCAAGUUGCGGAACGCGCUCUCUACUAUUGGAACAAUGAGUACAUAAUGAGCUUGAUCAGUGACAAUGCUUCGGUUAUCUUGCCCAUUAUGUUUCCGGCCCUUUACAAAAAUUCAAAAUCGCACUGGAACAAAACAAUUCAUGGUUUGAUCUAUAACGCCCUCAAGCUCUUUAUGGAGAUGAACCAAAAGCUGUUUGACGAUUGCACGCAGCAGUAUCGUUCUGAACGUUUGAAAGAAAAAGAAAAAUUCAAAGAACGCGAGGAGUUUUGGAGCCAAAUAGAAGCUGAGGCUAUUAAAAAUCCAAAGCACCAUUUGGUGGCUAAUCUCAUGCCCAAAUCGGUUUCUGGUGGAGCUUUGGCGCAGUCUGUGAGCGCUGCACUAUCAGCUGCUGGACAGGCUGCAACAGGAGAGGACCAAGAUGAAGACACAAAUAACGUCUCUUAUGAAAAGAUCGAAGCCGAGGCUCGUGAGGCUAAACGAGUCAAGAACCGUGAGAAACCAUUGCUUCGACGUAAAUCGGAACUACCCCACGAUACUUACACGAUCAAAGCAUUGACUGAUCAUAAGAGAGCUGAUGAAUUCCUACCAACGCCGCCUGAUGUCAAUACCAGUUGAACAAGGUGACUCGUACUUGGCUUGCAACAUUUUCAGGACGAAGAGAAGAGGAUUGCAAAGAAGUUUCGUUCAAAUUGUAGAGGCAGCAUCAACCAUUUAAACAGACAUAAAUUAGAAGACUUUUUUUUUUUGUAGAAAAACCUGCCAAGAUUCCCUUAUCCUAACUAUAGAUCUAGAAAAUCACUACCCAUACCACUUGCGCCUAAUUACGCUGUCUAUUGUCAAACGCUAACCCCUCCAACCUUGAUUAGAUGUUUUAGUGUCGUUUGUCUAACACAGUCCAGAAAACCCAAAAUUGGACUGUGGCCAUCCCCGUGACAUGUCAGUUUCUGUUGCAGCACAGCACAGACAGCCAAUGGGAACGAGAAAUAGCAAAGAAAAAACAGAAACAACAACAAAAAAAACAACAAAAAAACAAAAAAAACAAAAAAAUCUAUCAAAACAAACCAGAAAAAAAAAGAAAGCAAAAUUACGGAAACUGUGUAAAUGUUCCAAGUAGAUUGUAGUGGUUUGUGUAUCGUAGACCCCUUCUCCCGCUAACCAACAACAAAAGAACAGAAAAAUUAUAGCUUCUUUUGUCCCUACUACCCCUUCUUAAAUAUGGUUUAAGUUUGAUUGGCUUGAUUGGCAUUCAUAAUUUAUCCUGCUAUUCGCAUAGCCGCUUUCCAACAUUCCAUCUCCAAUUCCAACCUAACGGCCGAGCUUUAUUAUUAUUCUUUUGUUUGUUUAUCUACUCCUCACUCUCGGAAAAGGUUCCUUGUACUUUCCUCUUUUUUUUUUUUUUUUUUUUUUGUUUUUUUUUGCAAUCCCUCAAUUCUCCGUUGUUUAUGUUUCCUCUCAAUUAAGAUUGGUAUACCCACCAGUCUUCAGCUACCAGAUUGGUUAUCCCGUUUCUUUGAAUUUGUUUGCGAGGGCUGAUCAUAGAAUGAAAAUUCACGUCCCCGGGAAGGCCGUUGAUUUACAUCGGGUAUGGAUUUUAAAAGGGAAAAGCUGAAUGACCAAGACAUAGCUAGAACAACAGAUUACAUGCCUGGUGCUCAGUGCUUCACAAGCACCUUAUCCCCUUUCCCAAAUUAUUUGUUUGUAUGUUGAUGCAAUCUUUAUUUAGCCAGGCUUCAAUCAAUUAGUGCACAGUAUCGAAAUCUCGCUAAAUCGUUUCGAAAGGUGCAGUUUUUUUUCCAAAUUCUAUUCACCACUGUUUUUCGAUUCUCAUACAGCGCCUUCGGCGAUAAUCCCGGAAGAUCUUGACCGAACAUGUAAGACAGAGUUGCAGGGUUGGCUGUAAACGGUUUGCGCUUCACAUUUCCCCCUUUUCCCUUCGUUGAAGAAGUAAAAGGGAAAAAAAAAAAUGCAAUGUCAGGAUUUCAGAACACUUUAGUGUAGACCGAAUGGUGGUGUUCUGCCCUUGUGUUACGUGUCCUCUUAUACAAUAUACCCUGGCUAUCUGUUACAGCUCUGCGUAGUGUUAAUCCAAGUUUUACGAAUAUUGGUUUUCGUCUGUGACAAAUGAGAUAUAGACUUUGACUUGCGUCGAAAAAAGAAAGAAUUCCACUGUUCGGCUAGAAAGACGACAGCGCUUUACCAUUUUGUUGAUUGGAAAAUUCUAUUUGUCAAAGAAGAAACAAUUAAGUUACCCAUUUUAUUUUACAGGAAUUGAGUGAAGCAUGCUACUGAGCAAACCUAUAUUGGUGUGUGUUGUCUAUUCAGUUUAUUAUCACAACUCAAAAAAUAAAUAAUGUUCAGAUUA